AUGGGUCCUCUUAAUUACCUUGCGAAAUUUUGCUCACCAUCGCGGAGCAAUGCGAUGACCCGCGAGAUAUCCUUUCGUUUGCAUGCAUCACGCGCACAACCUACAGCAUCCUGCGAGACCUGGUCUAUCAAUCAUGUGCCCGACAAAGAAACUUCACUUUUAGGAUACGGGGUUAAUAUCAACUCCACGCUCAAAUCAAGCACUGCUCUUCUAGUAGCCGCGGCAUUCGGGUCAGAGUCCGUGAUCGACCUACUUCUGGCCGGGGAAGAUAUUGAUGUGAAUGCCCGAAAUGUGCACGGAGAGACCGCACUGUGGCGUGCUGCGUAUGCUGGAAGGAUGUGCGCCGUAGCAAAGCUACUACAACAUCGGGAUAUUGAUAUUGAUGUCCCUGACACUUUCCUUGGAAUGACGCCGUUCGCGCUCGCAGUCGCACAUGGGCAUUUGGGUGUCGCGGAAGCUCUUCUCAACUCCGGCAAGGCGGAUAUUAACGCUCGAGACAAUCAGGGUAGGACUCCGCUCCACCAUGCGGUGAUCUCGAAACAAAAAGAGUCGACGUUACUUCUUCUCUCCAGGUGGCAGAUUGACAUCCAUAUGCAGGACGAGAAUAGCUGCACGCCAUUCUGGUACGCUGCUGGGUGUGGAAAUUUGGAUGCGGCUCAACUGCUCAUAAUGUAUGGGGCCAAUGCCAACACUCCCAGGUCAAACCUGAUCACUCCGUUGCAUAAUGCUAUUUGGGAACGAGACAGAGUAAUGGUGAGCCUGCUACUGGACCAGAGCAAUAUUAAUAUGUCACCAUAUAUUGGAAGCAUAGAGCUUGCUCAACCACUGUUGACUGCUGCGGUUUGUGCAGGAGAUACAGAAAUCCUCAGAAUGCUACUUUGCCGCGGAGCGGAGGUGGAUAUCUACAGUUCUUGUGGUUAUUGUCCCCUUCGAUUGGCAGUACAGAGGAGGGACUUGUCCAUUGUCAAGUUGCUCCUCAGUCGCGACGAUAACAAGAUCAAUCAAACCGGUCGAAGUGGGGAUGGGUUUACUGCUCUUCAUCAAGCAGCUUAUGACGGUUAUCUCCCAAUGCUUAAUAUAUUACUUGAUCAGGCCGAUAUCAAUAUCAAUUCCAAAGAUGUGGAAGGGAGAACUCCUAUCUGGUGGGCAGUCAAUAAUGGGCAUUCCUCGGUCGUUAGUCGGCUCCUAGCGGAGAGCGGUCUGGAACUGGACGGUAUCAUUAAAGGUCGGAGAGCCAAGCGCCUGGUCCGAAUGAUACCAAUCAGGAAGACUUGA